UUUUUACUCCUGGUUAGAGAGGGUGAUGCCGUUCUCCGUUCACUGGGAACGUUUUGACUGAAGGAUCCAACUCUCAGCCCUCCAGCUGGACCCUGCUGCUCCGCUCGCUGUGGGGUUUGAACCAGGACACUAACACACCUGAGCUCUCCCUCCCUCUGAUGGACAUGAGGGUCUUCCUCCUGCUUUGCCUGCUGGCGCUAGGCAACGCCAAACCCCCCCGCUCAAUCAACGCCUUGGACUUUAUGAGAAACUACGACAUCAUGAUGGCGGAUUCGAGCGAUGAGGACGAAGAUGAUGACAAUGACGACGACAAUGACGACGACAAUGACGACGACGGUUAUGAGGACAACUGUCCGGCGGGCUGCCGCUGCUCGCCCAGAGUGGUGCAGUGCUCCGACCAGGGUGAGAUCUCUGUUCCAGGGAAGAUCCCCGAAGACACCGUGAUACUAGACCUCCAAAACAACUACAUCACUGAGAUAAAGGAGAACGACUUCAAAGGCCUCAACAAGCUUUACGGCCUGUUUCUGAUCAACAACAAGAUCUCCAAGAUUCACCCCAAGGCCUUCAGAGACAUGGCCCACCUCAGACUGCUGUACCUCUCCUACAACCUGCUCACCGAGAUCCCCGCCAACCUGCCUCCCAACGUCAUCGAGCUGCGCUUUCACGAAAACAAGAUCAAUCGGAUCCAGAAGGAUGCGUUCAAAGGCCUGAUGAAACUCCAUGUGCUGGAGCUGGGAGCCAACCCUCUGGCCAACAGUGGGAUCGGACUUGGAGCUUUCAACGCCAUGUCAUCCCUGUACGUCGGCAUAGCAGAGGCCAAACUGACGGCUGUGCCAAAAGACCUCCCGUCCUCCAUCACAGAGCUGAGCCUGGACUACAACAAGAUCGCUAAGGUGGAGAUAGAAGACUUCAUUAGAUAUAAAAACCUGCAGAGGGUAGGACUCGGGUUCAACCAGAUCAAGUACGUGGAAAACGGCAGCUUUGCCAGCACGCCGAGCGUCCGUGAGAUCCGCCUGGAGAACAACCGUCUGAAAAGGGUUCCGCCAAACCUCAGCUCCCUGCGCUACCUCCAGGUGAUUUAUCUCCACGGCAACAAAAUCAGCGGCGUGGGCGUCAACGACUUCUGCCCCGUGCCGGGCGGCGUGAAGAAGAACCCGUACACGGGCAUCAGCCUGUUCGCCAAUCCCGUCAAAUACUGGGACGUCCAGCCCGCCGCCUUCCGCUGCGUGAGCGGACGGAGGGGCGUUCAGAUGGGGAACUUUAGGAAGUAGGGAGAGGAAAUGAAGAGCCCCCAUGACGUCCUGGAUGCGGCGUGAGAGAAAGAAGUUGAAAAUAAUCCUGAUAGAUAGAAACAAGAUGAAACUGGAUUUCUAAAGUGUUCGGAGAACGAGAUAAAUGACAUUAUAGUGAUGUGCAUUAGAAAGUGUAGCACAUGUUGAGUUAAUACAAAAAAAAGUCUCUAGCCUGGAUGUUGGGGCUGAGGCAACUGUAUACGGGGUGGACAUAAUAACAGGAACACCUGUCGGGGCAUUCAGAGAGGUCCUUCUUAGCGUUUGCUCUGUAGACUUUCCCGAAAUAAAGCACCUCCUUCGGGUCACUUUUUGAUUAAAACCAUGAAAAUGACUUGAUUUGAGUGGAAAUACAUGCCGAUGCCUUUUUAACAGAAGAGAUCUUUUUUUGUUAUUCUUUUAUAGUUUUUCCAAACCACAAAACAUUUUCUUACCUUUUCCAUUUUCCUUUCAUACAAUACUUCUGCCAUUUUCCAAAGUUGUGACAUGGUAAUCAUCACAAAAUACUCGCUAUACGGCCAGAGCUGUAACUUUAAAAAACACUUUCUUUUUAAGAGAUUUCCCCUCCAGCAGAAGUCUGUACAGUCAAUAAAUUACAUCAUUCAGAGCAAAGAAUCCCGUAGAAGCGACAGGUCCGUCUUUAUGUGCACGUUUUUUAAUCAUCUCACUGCAUGUCUGUAUUGUCUUUAUCAAGGAGCCGUAAACUACGCGUCAGGCCGGAUUACACAUGGUCCUUCAUAUAAUCCCAAAACGUCACCUUGUUGUUUUUUAUAAGAUAUAGCAACCGGGUGAGCUGCAGUUAUUAACUAAUUCAUAAGCAGCUUCUUCACCAACACGUUCCUGCUCCCACCUCUCAAGUGGUGCUAUAUUUAUUUAGAAUGUCUUUAAAUAAACCUGGAACACCUCUCCAUGUAUGUGGUAACCUUUUUUUUUUUUAUCCAAACGAAAGUAAACGUUUGAUGUUGUUAUUUGAGCUAUUUUUGUGUUUGUGAUUCUACAUGAAUACAUUUGAGUCAUUUGGAUAAAAUAAAGUCUCUUCAAAGAUCAA